UCAGGUGGAGCCUGGAAACUGCUCUCCGGUCUUCGGGAAGGGCAGACACAGGUCGACCACCCCCAGAUGGAUGAUGUGGCUUACUGGUGCCACCCCAUUGAUGUCCACUUUGCCACCAAAGGCUUGCAAGGUUGGCCCAAGCUCCACGUCCAGGUGUGGCACCAGGAUGCCUUUGGGCGCACCGAACUGUUCGGCUACGGCUUUUGCCACGUGCCCUCCAGCCCCGGCUUCCACCAGCUGGAGUGCGUCACCUGGCGCCCGUUGGGCUCUUGGCAGGAGCAGCUCUCCCAGCUCUUUGUGGGGGGGGGCCCGCAGCUGCUCAGCAGCGACUUGAUCUACACUGGAGCUGACCGGUACCGCCUGCAGACGUGCGCGAUGGGCACCGUGCAUUUCCAGCUGGCUGUGCUCCUCCGCAACUUUGACCGCUAUGGGGUUGAGUGCUGAGACCCCCAGCCCAAGGACAGAGCCCCCUCCCCUUGGCUUGGAGGAGCAGGGGCCGUGAACGCCCAAUCCUGGGGAUGGGAAGGACUUGGGGGAAAAGGGAGGGUGUCCCCCCCUCCCCACUCUGGGAAGGAAGACUCCAACUUGGGUUGAACUGCGAAAAUCACAAGCCACAACUCCUAACUUUGAUCUCUUGUCUUUGCAACGAAAACGGCCUGUUUUCUCUCUCCUGAUUUUUCUUCCUAGUUGCCAUUUUCAGCGUUGGGUGCCCUGCAGACGCCGGAUGGUACUUCUUUCAGAUCUCUGAUUUUCUUGAGCAGAGUGACCAGAUCCCUCCAGACCGGAAGCCUCGCUCUGUCUGGGGGCUUGCGUUCUGCGGGAUGUAUUGAUUCUGUUUUAUUGAGGAGGAAAAGAUCUGUUUUCUCAUUCACUUUGCAUUAAUCUUCUCAAAGUCUUUUUUUAAUCAUAUUUUUAUUAAAGGUUUUAACUACA